CAGAACGAGACGAACUCGUGUUCAUAAUCGAUCGUUUCUCUAGCUUUGAUCUUGUUGGUGUUUCUCUAAUAAUGGCCGCUUCUUCAUCUUCACCUUAUUCUGGUGGUCAUUGCAAGUAUGAUGUCUUCCUCAGUUUUCGAGGGGAGGACACUCGCAAAAACUUCGUUUGCCAUCUUUACAAAGCUCUGGAACAGAAAGCAAUCCACACCUUCAUCGAUUCUGAAGAGCUCGAAAAAGGCAACAAAAUUUCCGAGUUACUGAAUGCUGUUGACGAAUCGAGGAUUUCGGUUGUAGUUUUAUCUCAAAACUACGCCACUUCCACUUGGUGCUUAAAAGAGCUCGUCAAAAUCAUGGAAUGCGAGGAUAAGAAGCAGCAGAUUGUAGUGCCCAUUUUCUAUGAAGUAGAUCCCUCCGAUAUUCGAAAAUUGAAGAAAAUGUUUGGGGAAGCUUUUGCGAAACAUGAGCAAAAUCCUAACCUCGACAAGGAAGUAUUGGAGACCUGGAAAACUGCACUAAAAGGAAUCACGGAUCUGUCUGGCUGGGAUUCGCGACAGUAUAAGGAUGACAUCGAGCUUAUUGAGAAAAUUGUAGGAGACAUAUUAGAAAAAUGGAUUCACAUCCCCCGACCAUCCAGUCUAGCGGACAACUUGGUUGGAAUGGAUCAUCACAUUAAGGAAGUGAGUUUGCGGUUGUGUCGUGGGAAGAAUGAUGUUGGUGUUGUUGGAAUAUGGGGUAUGGGUGGUAUAGGCAAAACAACCAUAGCUAGAGCUGUUUAUGACAAAAUCGCUCACCAAUUUGAACACAAGGGUUUUUUUUAUAAUGUGAAAGAACGUUUUCGGAAGAAGGAUGAAGCACAAAUGCGGGGAGAACUUCUAUCUAUGAUCUUGAAGGGGAAUGAGCAGAGUGUAGACAUUUUCAAUCAAGGUUCCAAUGCGAUACUGGAAAGGCUGGGUAAGAAAAAAGUUCUAGUUGUUCUUGAUGAUGUGGAAACGUUUUCCCAAAUUGAAGCCUUACUUGGAGAUUUUUAUUCAUUUGGUGUUGGAAGUAGAAUCCUUGUAACAACUAGAGAUAAGGAAUCAGUACUAGCUGGAGUUUAUGAGACAUAUGAGCCCAGGUGUUUAGAUGAUAAUGAAUCUCGUGAACUCUUUCUGAAGCAUGCCUUCAGAAAAAACCAACUCAGUCAAGAGUGUAGUGAUCUCUUAGAGCGAGCCAUAGAAUAUGCUCGGGGUCUUCCUUUAGCACUUAAAGUCUUGGGAGCUUCUCUUUGUGACAAAAAUAUACACCAGUGGAAACAGCGGUUAGAGAAAAUCAAUGAAAUCCCGCAAAGGAAGAUUCUGGAUGUGCUUAGAACAAGCCUUGAGGGACUAGACCAUCAAGAGAAAGCCAUAUUUCUAGAUAUUGCAUGUCUUUUUAGAGGAUUGAGAAAAAAAUUUGUCGCAGAAUUAUUAGAAAGUUUGGGCUUCUGUGCCCUCGAUGGAUUAAGCGUUCUAGAGGACAGAGCACUCAUAACUGAAAGAUUUUGGAGACUCGACAUGCAUGAUUUACUACAAGAAAUGGGUAGAGGAAUUGUCCGCCUAGAAUCUCCUUUAGAUCCUGGGAAGCGCAGUAGGUUGUGGAGUUGUGAUGAUGUUAAUCGUGUAUUGACUCAAAAUACGGCGACGGAUGCAGUUGAAUGCUUAAAAUUAGACUUGUCGAACUCACAAGUCGACCUAUGCAUACAUACUGGAGCUUUUAUUAGAAUGACGAAGCUAAGACUACUCAUGAUUUAUUAUUCAUUCUUCAGUGCAUCUAAUCACCUCGAUUAUUUCGACGUCGACGAUGACGAUGACGACUGUGACUGUGACUGUGACGGUAGUGAUGACUUUUACGAAUACGAUUACGGUGACUGUGACUGUGACGGUGACGGUGAAUACUAUUUUCAAUUUUUUAGAAGCUAUGAGCGUUUAUGUCCUAUUGGUGGUAAACAACUCUGGAUGGGGGACUUGGAGUGUCUUUCUCAAGAAUUGAGGUUUCUCGUAUGGCAUGGAUGCCCACUAAAGUCUUUGCCAUCAACCUUUAACCCGACGAAUCUUGUUCAACUUGACAUGCGUGUUAGUCACAUUCAACAACUUUGGGAAGGAAUCAAGUCUGGUUGUUCAAAUCUUGAAACGUUUCCAGAGAUUUUAGAGGUUCUGACAAAGCUAAAAUGGCUUUAUUUAGAUGGGACUGCAAUUAAAGAACUUUCGUCAUCUAUUAACAAUCUCACUGGGCUUCGUGUUUUAAAUCUCAAGAAUUGCACAAAACUUAAGACUCUACCAACCAGCAUUCAUAUGCGUUCUCUUCAGACCCUUUUCCUUAAUGGCUGCUCAAAUCUUGGAAAGUUUCCGGAGUUUUCAGGCAUGGAGGAGCUAUCAGAGCUUCUUUUAGAUGAGACUGCAAUUAAAGGACUGCCAUCAUCAAUUAAUCUGCUUCCGUGGAUUAGAAAGUUGAGUAUGAGGAACUGCAAAAGCCUUGUCUUUCUUCCCGACAGUAUCUGUAAUUUGGCAUACCUUACACAUUUGGAUCUGCAGGGUUGCACAAAACUUAAGACUCUACCAACCAGCAUUCAUAUGCGUUCUCUUCAGACCCUUUUCCUUAAUGGCUGCUCAAAUCUUGGAAAGUUUCCAGAGAUUUCAGGAAGCAUGAACAAGCUAUCAGAGUUUCUUUUAGAUGAGACUGCAAUUAAAGGACUGCCAUCAUCAAUUAAUCUGCUUCCGGGGAUUAGAAAGUUGAGUAUGAGGAACUGCAAAAGCCUUGUCUUUCUUCCCGACAGUAUCUGUAAUUUGGCAUACCUUACACAUUUGGAUCUGCAGGGUUGCACAGAACUUAAGACUCUACCGACCAGCAUUCAUAUGCGUUCUCUUCAGACCCUUUUCCUUAAUGGCUGCUCAAAUCUUGGAAAGUUUCCGGAGAUUUCAGGAAGCAUGAACAAGCUAUCAGAGUUUCUUUUAGAUGAGACUGCAAUUAAAGGACUGCCAUCAUCAAUUAAUCUGCUUCCGGGGAUUAGAAAGUUGAGUAUGAGGAACUGCAAAAGCCUUGUCUUUCUUCUCGACAGUAUCUGUAAUUUGGCAUACCUUACACAUUUGGAUCUGCAGGGUUGCACAGAACUUAAGACUCUACCAACCAGCAUUCAUAUGCGUUCUCUUCAGACCCUUUUCCUUAAUGGCUGCUCAAAUCUUGGAAAGUUUCCGGAGAUUUCAGGAAGCAUGAACAAGCUAUCAGAGUUUCUUUUAGAUGAGACUGCAAUUAAAGGACUGCCCUCAUCAAUUAAACUGCUUCCGGGGAUUAAAAAGUUGAGUAUGAGGAACUGCAAAAGCCUUGAAUCUCUUCCCGACAGUAUAUGUAAUUGGGCGCUAACACGUCUGGAUCUCACAGGUUGCACAGAACUUAAGACUCUACCAACCAGCAUUGAUAUGAGUUGUCUUCUGACCCUUAAGCUCGAUGGCUGCUCAAGUCUUGAUAAGUUUCCAGAGAUGUCAGGAAUCAUGAAUGAGCAACCAAAGCUUCCUUUAGAUGAGACCGCAAUUAAAGGACUGCCCUCAUCAAUCAAAGAACACUGUAGUUACUCUGCUCUGCGACAUCUUGGUUUAAGUGACUGCAAUCUGUUGGAGUUAUCGGAUGGUAUUAGUCAUUUGUCUUCAUUGAGAACAUUAAAGAUGUGCAGAACCAACUUGGAGAGCUUACCUGUGACAAUGAAUCGACUUUGUUGUUUAACGCAUCUUGAACUGGAAGCUUGCAAGAGGCUGAAAUCAAUACCAGAACUUUCAUCGAGUAUAAAUUACAUAGAUGCACAUGAGUGCACAGCUUUGGAAACAGUUUCAAAGCCAAAGCCUCUGCACCGUGGGAAUAAUUUCUUUACAUUUUCUAAUUGCCUCCAGCUGGUACAAACAAAUCUAUUCAGAGAUAUUGUGGAAAAAUAUGCGGAUUUUCAGGAUAACUACCGGCAACCUCUUCAGUUGAAAAUGUGUCUUCCUGGAAGUGAAGUUCCCGAUUGGUUCACCCAUCGGAGUAGGGGAUUUUCAGUAAGUGUGCCGCUACCGGCAAAUUGGUUGGACUGCAGCUUUUUGGGAUUCGCUAUUUGCGCUGUUCUAAAAUACCAGGACGUUCAUCAUUAUACAUCUCCUUUAUCGGCUACUUGUUUAUGUACCUUCAAAGGAAGAAGUGAUGAGUGUAGUUUCAGUUUUGAUUUGCUCGAUUCGGUGUUCAGAAUUGAUAGAAUCCUUCAGUCAGAUCACAUAUUCCAGGGAUAUGUGUCGUGGUCUGACUGUCACUUGAUCCCAGAAGGUAAGCGGGUCAAUGAAACCUACACUGAGGCCACAUUUCAGAUUGUAGUAGAAAGUGAAUUUACAACAGAACAACACCGCAUCACAAGCAGUGGAGUUCGUUUCGUUUAUGGCCCAAGUUCAUGUGGACAGUUGUGGGACUGGAUUUCCUUCUAUAACACCUGUGAAAUGAGAAACGAAGAAACACAGGGUGGAAAUCACUGAAAUUUCGAUGGAGGUAGAGUCGUUGGAGUCAGGGGAGGGGAUAGACACCUCCCACACACUGCAGCUGCUACUAGAACAACCGAGAGAGAGAGAAGGAGAGAGAUACAAUGGAGAUGACGAAGCAUGAGGAGGGGUGCUCGGGAGGGGUAUCGGGUUCCUUGUGCUGCUGCUUGUUGUUGGAUGGUUGCAUUAUGUUUGUUUGAACCCAAAAUAACAUUUUUUCCUGAUAAGGGGGAUUCGAGAGAAAUCGGGCCAAUAUCCGUGGCCCAACCUGUAUAUUUUCGGCAAGUUCGAAAUAUAUUAUUUAGAGGUUAAAUAAAGUCUGCUUAGAGGCCAAGUAAUCGUGAAGCAAAUCUGGAUACUCAUUGAUUUAUUAUUAAUUACCAAUGUAUUUGAUAGUUAAUGGUAAUUUGUUUGCUUGAUUGUCAAGACUGUGCAAAACGGGAAGAUAAAAUAGAUGGCUGAGAUUACUCGAGCCAUAUAAGGUAAUUAUCAAGGCCCCACAUGUAUCUCUAUCAAGGUCACAAACGCGAGCAGAUUGGGUUGAUCAAUCAAGGAAUGAUACAAUUACCCUUCACUAGCCUUCACAAUCAGCAAUUAAUGGCAUGCACGUACAGUAUAUACUACCAUGCAAUCAUGAUGGAACAUAUAUGUAUAUGAUAUAUAUGAUGUGGUGGCUCAUGCAUGAUUUAAUUAAGGAAGGGAUAUGGUGGACACAUGAAGCAUGACACAAGAAACAAGGAAUAUAUAUAUAUACAAGUUAAGCUGCAUGGCUCAGUGGGCUAUAUAUGAACAUAUAUAAUUGCAUGCCGCGACCUACAGAGUGCCCGCGAAGAGAUAUAUUUGCAAUUAAUGCAUAUCAAGUCAGUUCGCAUCAGAGAAGAUUACGUCUAAGACUCCAAGAGGCAAUUAAUCUUUGCCUAUAUUCCAGCCAUGUACAAAGUCAAUCUUUUAAUUGCUUACGAUAGUUAUCAAAACUAUUAAGAGUUUUGAUUUGAUUCAAGGUCAAUAACUGUGGCCUAAAAUAUAGUAUUUCAUUCCUAUUAUGAAGGUGAAUCUACAGCAAGCAGCCUAUAUAUAGAGGCUAAAGACGAUACAGAAGGACACACAACUCUUCAAUCAAUCUCUACGAUUGCCCAAGUCUCCCCGGAGCAGCCUCUCUUACCGGUGACCACACUACAGUCCCAGUCUCUUCAAGAGCUGACUGUCAGUGCCACCAAACCAACCUGGCGACCGUACUUCCAGUCCCAGUCUCCCCAGGAGCCGACUGCCAGUACCACUUCCACCGAUACUACCAGCGAAGCAAGGGUAACGCCCUCGCAACCCAACGAAGCUAAAGUCACGCUUUAGCAAACUCCCAACUUCCCAGUGAUUGCUCUACUUAAUCUACAACACUAAGUAUCGAUUUGGUGAACGCAAGAGACCACAACUAAAGCCCUUACCAGUAAGGCAAAAAGUCCUUUUCCGGAAGGCAUAGAAAAGAACCUUGUGACGAGGUUGGUGCUCUCCUCGUCCACAUCGUUUGAGAAGAAGUCAGGUCAAGGGACGCCCCGACGACUGCACCCCACGGUGCUGGCACGCUCGCGCAUUCAAAAGAGACAGUUUGUACCAGACUGAUUUUGGGAGCCAAACAUUUUGGCACGCCCAGUGGGACUAAACUAGAGUCUUUUUGUAUUCACCAGCAUUGGGAUGCCAGGGGAAAAUCUUUACCAAAAGAGAUGAUGGCCGAUAGUACCACGGUGGACGACGAGUUCGCUUUGCUCCCCAUCCCGAAGGAUGCAAGCUUUGAAGACAAGAUGGCCAUCCUGAAUAUCAAUAACGAUAGGCUGUGGGAGAAAUGGCUCGCAAAAAUAGAGCAGAGCACUCGAAAACUUACCCAAUGGAUAGAGCAGGAUGCCCGCGAAACCGGAGAGCAGAUAAAGCGAUUUGCAUCGGAAUUCGCAAAUUCGAGCAAAGAAUGGUCCAAAGUGGCUAUUCAAGUCAGUUCACAUCAAGGCGAAUUGGAACGUCAAGAAGCUGCUCGCGAAGAGGUUGUUUCUGAGACUGAAUUGCCUAUAGGUGGCAAUCAAUCCAAGGGUCUCACUGGUGAAUCACAGCCUGACACAGAGGCUGUGCAUGGAGAAGAAGGUCCACAAGAUUGUUCUUCUGACAAUAAAAUUGUCUCUGAACAAAUACUUAAUUUCUCCACUGACUCAGCCAAAUAUGUGGCUACUGAUCAGAUGCAUGGGGGCAAGAUAUUGCCCAGAUUCACCCCCUUGAUAACCAAAAGCAAGUGCAUAAUCAAUUUAAUUAUGACUGCUACUGGACGUCAUAAUCAUGCAAAGGGUCAAAAGCAUGAUUCACUUAAUUAUCAAUUGAGGCAUGGCCCGCCUUACUAUCAUCAAUUAAGCUUUGGCCAUGCUACUGGACGUCAUGGUGAAGGUGGCCACAAUCAUGGCCAACUUAAUUAUCAAUUAAGUUGUGGUCUAGAGAAGCCAAUAUGUGGCUUUAUUAAUCAAUUCUACUUUAAUUUCUUCAUAUAUGCUUUCAGGCCAAGCGGUGGCUUUGAUAUAUGUGGGAGAUACAUCUGCAACCCACCUUGCAAGAAUGGCCAGAAUAAUUAUUCUAGUGGCCAAUUUGUUCUUCGCGACUGCAAAUUUGAGUAUCAUCAAUACAAAUUAACUCUUGUUUACAAUUAUCAAGCUCCAAAUUUCUUGCAAAAGAAAUUUGCCUAUGAUGAUACCAGACAGUCCAUAGAGGCGUCUCAAUAUGAUGCCUGGAAAGAAAAUGGAGGCAAACAAAUAUGUGGUAUGCCUAUUUUUGAAGAGGAGAUCAAUUCACCACUCUUUGGUGAUUCUAAAUAUGAUCUCAACAUGGAGCCAAUCUAUG